AUGAACGCAGCCACACAAGGCGACAAAGCCGCCUCCCUCUCUGACUGGCCCAGCGCAAUAACCCACUACACAAACGCUCUCAUCGAACUCCCCCGCGCUCCAAGCUACUACAUCAAACGAUCCACAGCCUACUCUCGCCGCAAAACCGUCGAUGGGGGACCAGAUCUUCAAGCCGCGCUGCGGGAUGUUGAGCUUGCUUUGGCAUUAGCCAGGGAGCGAGGGAAGAGAGAACUCAUUAUUGAAGCGCAGCUACGCCGAGCUAUUGUGUUUUUCCAAUUGGAACGGUACGGAGAUGCGGGGUUUUUGUUUGAUUUGCUCGAAGAGAACGUAGGGAAGAAAGAUGGUGCUGGUGGUGAUAAAUCUGUGCAAGUGAAGGCUGCAAUGUCGGCACAGAAAGGAUCGCAGCAGAAACUGGAGAAUGAGUUGUCGAUUUGGAGACUUAAGAUUAAAGGCAAGAUUGGAAAGUUGGAGGGAAAUGAUGAGAAACUUGCGGUGACAGUCAGGGAGUAUCCGGAUAUUAAGAUUCCCUCUGAGGAGGAGUUGAGGAAGCGCCUUAAAGAUCAGUUUUCUUCUACGAAUACUGAAGUUGCAUCGGCUGCAAAUAGAACUACUGAGAGCACAUUGGCCGUGUCAGGGUCGACUUCCGCUGCACCACCGUUUACUGCUGGUCCAGGGGCACCUACUACUACACCUGCCCCUGUAUCUGCGCCAGCAAAGAUUCGCCAUGAGUGGUAUCAGUCACAGGAUUCUGUCGUUGUGACAAUCUAUGCUAAGAACGUCGACAAAUCCAAGCUAGAGACUGAGCUCCAAGAGAACAUCCUAUCCCUCGAAUUCCCUCUACCAUCUGGAUCAACAUACUCAUUCACCCUCGAUCCAUUGUAUGCUCCCAUAGACACUACUCAGUCCAAAGUCAACGUGCUAUCUACCAAAAUCGAGAUUACUCUUUGCAAACGAACACCAGGACAGAAAUGGGGUGCUCUUGAAUGCUCAGCAACGGCACCUGUUCUAUCUAAUCCUGCGAAUACGGUCACGGUAAACUCAACUGCCGCAGUACCCAUCACCCAGACACCUACUCAAAUCAACAACAAUACCGGUGGUCCUGCAUAUCCAACCUCAUCCAAACACGGAGUAAAGAACUGGGACAAACUCGCUGAUGACUUGACCGCGAAGAAAAAGAAAAAGGACGAGAAGAAGAAAUCCGGUGAAGCACCCAACGGCGAAGAAGAUGAUGACGACGACACAGCAUCAAUCGACUCUGACUUCGGCGGUGGCGACGCAGUGGAUUCAUUCUUCAAGAAAUUGUACGCUGGCUCUGAUCCGGAUACCCGUCGUGCUAUGGUGAAAAGUUUCUAUGAAAGUCAGGGGACGGCAUUGAGUACAAAUUGGGAUGAGGUUGGGAAGGAAAAGGUGCCUGUUCAUCCACCAUCUGAUAAUUAAUGGAUUAAUCCUUAAGGAGCGGAGAUAAAGUAUGCAUGGGAUGAUUUCUUUGCUUCUAUUGCUUGGGUUUAUCAUGCUUCUUUUUCCCUAUUCGAGCGUUUCAAGGCAUUCAGGAGUUUUGAAAUUUGACUGGUUUUGCCGGAUCGGGACGUGUUAUGGGUAUCAUGGAGUCCUGAUGGCUGGUUUUCUGUUCUACAUCAAUGAAAUGAACUUCAUGUCGGCUUUCUGACGCCCG